UAGGAGGUUUAGCUUGGGUGGCCAUGGCUCGUCGGCAUGCCUAAGAAGAAGGUGCCAGUGAAGCUGCCGAAGGUCUCAAGCUUCACGGCCGUGAGCGCGAGCGUGUCCACGGACCUGCCACAAAGCAGCGUCAGUUCCAGGAAUCCCUUCGAUGCGGACAUCUCUGAGCUGUUGGCAUCCAAGGAUGACUGGUCUGUCCAAGAACCCAGUGAAAUCAUCCAAGAAGCCAAGAAGUCUGUUCAAGCACGGAAGCCCUGGCGGAGUGAAGAGGCGACCAAGGUGAAACGAGACCUGGAGGACGCUGCGGAGGGCUGCCACAUCAUUUUGCCCGACAACCGCGUGGUGGCCGUAGAGAGCCAACUAAGUCGGCGCCUGGUGGACGAACUGCUGGGCAAUGUACCCAGAGAAACGAAGAAGGUGCUAACUUCACAGGAGGAGGAGGUGGAUUUCAAGCUCCCGAGCAAGCCGAGGCGUCGACAGGCGCCCGAUGAAGUUUAUUUGGGCGACGAAUCCAAGAAGUCUCCUCAGAAGAAGAUGCGAAAUCCCUGGUAUUUGCCGCCCAAAGUCUGGUACAGCGGGCAGAUGGGCAAGGAUCCCAAUGAGGACCUGGGCCUGGGCUUUCCUUAUGACACCUUCUUGGGAGAAUCGCGACCAGCACGACAAGAGGAAGAGCCGGCAGUGAUGGAGAAGGACAUCUCGGUGUUUUUGGAAACUGCCAAGAAGCACUUCCAGGCGUCUGGUCAUCGAUUGCCACACUUUCUUCAAGUGGCCAUGGGGCAAGGGCAUGGCGGUCACAGUUGAUUGGAGCGAAGAUUUUUUGAAUCUCCCAAACACUGGAUCUGUAAAUGAUCAGCUUUGGCGCCAACACAACCCAAAAGUGCUA